CUACAAAGCUCCUCCCUCGUGCGGGGAGGAUUCCCUGCAACUUGAUUCCCAAGUUGAGUCAUCAUCUUUGGAUUUUGACCGUACGAUGAUGAACGGGUCGAGGCAGUCGUUGGAGAGGAUCCUAAUCCGUCCUUCGUAGCCCACCACAUCCCUCCCGGUUUAAAUCCCCACGACGCCCCAAAGCCGUCCUCCAUCGCGCACUGUGAUCGCUUCAUGGAGGAAGGCGAGCGCAAGGAGGGGGAGACCAAGUACCGGGGGGUCCGCCGUCGUCCGUGGGGGAAGUACGCGGCGGAGAUACGCGACCCCAGCAAGCACGGCGCCCGCGUCUGGCUCGGCACGUUCAACACCGCCGAGGAGGCCGCCCGGGCCUACGACAGGGCCGCCUACGAGAUGCGGGGCGCGCUCGCCGUCCUCAACUUCCCCGGCGAGAUCCAUUCCCGACACGCGAGCUCGUCGACCCCGAGCAGAGCUCGCCAGAGCGAGGGCGCGGCCACCGGGAGGCAAGUGAUCGAGCUGGAGUGCUUGGAUGACAAGGUGUUGGAGGAGCUUCUGGCGUCGUCGGAGAAGGGUGACGAGAAGUGAAGCGAGAGAUACCAGUCUUUCUUGUCAGCUCUUCUGCUGCCUCCGACAGCUUUGCUUAAGUUACAUGAAGCGUGAGAAAGAUCAUGUUUGCAUUCCAUAAAUAUAUGCUUCAGAUUCGAGCAAAUUUAGCUGCUCAUCAUGUGUUUUCAUCGAAGUAAGUCGAGGGAUUUGAAGACUAGAAAAAGUCAAUGGACUGUUUUGACUUCUUCGAGAAGCAAAAGAGAAUUUGGAUGUGGGUUUCAAGGAUUUAGGUUUGACGAAGAGGUCUUCGAUGGUUUUGAAGAGAUCGGAUGCAGACAGUAAGUAAUUGGGUUUGGCUGAGUUCAAUCAGGAGUCUCUUGUAUCAGUUAAACAAUCAAAGUGAAAGCGACUACCACUCAUUUGUGUAGAAACUAAAAAUAGCAGGCAAUGAUACAGUAAAGAAGCAGAGACUAUAACU